AUGCUUAAGGGAGACAUCAUAAAGAGAGGAGAAUCAUUACCCUUUGCAAUUUGUUCUCAGUUGGGUUGGAUCAUUUCCGGGAACACUAUUACUGAUGAUUCGAAUCUAACUAACACUUUUACAGUGAAUAAUCUUCAGUUGAAUACAAACGAAUUAGUUGAAAGAUUUUGGUCUUUAGACUCCAUUCCGGAAGUCAAACGUAUUUCAAGUGAAGAUAAAAAAUGUGAAGAGUUCUUUAAAACAACACACUUCCGUGAUCAAAAUGGUCGUUAUGUAGUGAAACUUCCAUUUAAAGAUAACCCUUCAAGGUUGGGUAAUUCUAAAGAUCUUGCUUUACAAAGAUUUAAAUCUUUAGAGAGAAAUCUCUUAAGAUCUCCUGAUACAUAUGAUAUGUAUAAACAUUUCAUGAAGGAAUACUUGGAUCUCGGGCACAUGGAACCAGUCCGUAGUUCAGAGUCCCCAAGUCAGGCAUACUACAUGCCACAUCAUGCAGUAAUUAAGGAAUCUAGCUCUACGAGUAAAAUACGUGUGGUAUUUAAUGCUACUAGUAAGUCUUCAUCAGGACUAUCUAUUAACGACAUAUUGAUGACAGGUCCCAGAAUACAACAAGAGCUGUUUCCAGUUUUGGUCAAAUUCAAAUCUUACCCAGUAGUUGUCACAGCUGAUAUCAUGAAAAUGUUUAGACAAAUUCUAGUUAAUGAAGAGGAUAGAAACUUUCAAAGGAUAUUUUGGCGGGACAGUGAUCCUAUUCAAGAAUUUCGACUUAAUACUGUCACAUACGGCACUGCCUCGGCUCCAUAUUUGGCUACUCGUGCUUUAUACCAACUUGCCUACGAUGAGCAGAAUAACUAUCCUUUAGCUUCGAAGGCUGUACUUCAAAAUUUUUUUGUAGAUGAUUGUUUGGUAGGUGCUCAAAACACUGAAGAGUGCAAAAAUCUAGUAAAUCAACUCUUGCAAAUGUUAGAACGUGGAGGAUUUCUUCUGCGUAAAUGGUCAUCCAAUGACUUGUCAGUGUUAGAGAAUAUACCCCAGGAGUUGAGAAAUGAUUCUGAGGCUAUGAAAAUUCAAGACGAUAGCUCAAUCAAAGUUUUAGGAAUUAAUUGGAACCCCCGUGAAGACUACUUUAACUUUUCCGUAUCCAUUUCUGGUGAAAAGCUUUAA